GAUGGGCGCGCCGCAGAUGUCCUUGCCCGCCGAGGUGCUACAUGCGCUGAAGUCCUACAAACUGGAAGACUUCUUCAAGCUCCUCGAUGCUGAUGGAUCUGGAAUGAUAAUCCAGGCUGAGUGGGUCGACGGUAUGUGCUGUCUGGUCCUGGAAGAAAUGCCAAUCGAGAAUUUGCAGGUGCUCCACAUGCUCUACCGGCAGGCCAACGAUCUGGAGGAACUGAAGAGCGCCCUGCUGCCGCGCUGUCCAGUGCUUGAAUCGAGACGGUCCGAUUACAACGCCUGAUCCGACCGGGGGCUCCGGCCUCCCGUUCGCCUGACGGGAGGCGGGGAGGCCAAUUCUACUGUACCAUAUUCUGCCUUCGGUUUCGUCGCGCUGUUGGGCGAGCCGCCUUCAAGUCAUUCGCACUCCAAGCAGAAGUUAGCCCAGUUCAGGAAAACGGUGCCCGGCUUGGGGGUGGACAGCUCCCUCUUUGUAGCGAGGCAGCGCUUCCCUCCAUGGGGACAAGAGCGUGAUUCUUUACUGCUUGGGGCAUAAUGGGCAUUACAGCCCCCGACCCACCCCCCCGUCCUGUGGCGUGACGGCCCUCCCCCCCCUAGUGCGCUCCGGGCACUGCCGCCGUGCGCAUCGGGCACACGGCGGGGGGGAGGCGUUACACUAUACCACCCCCGGCAUCCUCCCC